AUGGUUCAAGUCCGCACACCAGCCAAUAGUAUCUUCGAGUAUCUCACGCAUGAGAACCCGAGGUUGACCGCGCUUGCACAGAUGUCGACGCAGAGCCGAAAUGAAGACUGGUACACACCGAAAAAAGUCGAGAAAUGGAAGGACUUUGAUUUCUCCAUGUCAAAAAAAAUAUUCGGCGCCCAACUUUGGGCGGAAUGCCAGGCUUCUCGGAUCAUGAGUUAUGGGCCCGACCUUGUUCCCGAAGAGCGGCUCCACGAGAACGAGAGGACGGGCGAACGGAUACUCGACUCCUGGACAGUUCGAGUUGUCAACACUGCCCUUGACUGUGUCAGGCACUCGCUGAGACCCGUUUUCUGGGUCACUGGAACAACCAAGCGAUACAAGCUUCCCGAAACCGACCAAGUUGACAUUCGUGACCCGCAGCCAGCUAUCGAGGAGGCAGAUUCUGAUGAACACAGCGACACCUCUGAGCAGGCCUGCCACCACUACAAUCUCAGGCGGAACCCGCGCCGGACAGCCAAGGCGGAUCUCAAUAGCGUGAAAAGAUCCCGUUCAUCCUCUACCACGCCGAGUCCAGCACCAAAGAAGAUGCGCCGCCUCAAGCCAGAUGGCGGGGGUAAGCGCGUGGAGGAUAUGUCAGUAGAUCGGCUUCCUAGCGACAUCAAGGGCCACUGGGAGAGCAAAGACGUGACGCGUAAGAACGGAAAAUAUCUCGACAGCAAAGGAUGCUGGAAGUAUGGCAUGAGCAUACACGACCAAGCGAGACCGCUCCGGCAAAUCUACACGUAUUGUGUUGAGGCUAACGCUCGAUAUGGCUUCCUUAUCACGUGUGAAGAAGUCCUCCUAGUGCGCGUCAGCCUCUUGAGAGAAGAAGAUCCCGAGAGUGCCGUCAUUCCCUCAGAGGAGUUGAUCCGGGAGUCGAUGAUAGAGCAAGGGCGGCUGGAGUUCAAAUCCAUCCGGUGGGGAGUACACCGCGACACACGGCAGAGCCUCGACGACUUCCAGAAGCUCACCGUGAACUUUUCGCUGUGGAUUCUUUUCAUCCUGGCGGGGAAUAAUUCGCAAAUCGGAUGGGAUUACGAACCCCUGGAGAAGGAGUGCUUGGCUCGCAUCAGGGAGAUCAGUGUCGAUGAGAACAGUUCAGUCACAGAAAGCAAUCCCAACGACGAAAGUGGUCUAGACCGGGAGACUAGGGUUUCAUCAUCAAAUUCAACAAGGAAGGCACUGUCCCCGCCUCUGCAUGACGAUGGAACUACUGAAGCUGAUGAUGAGGUCAUUCUCAAUUCAGCAGCAGCAAGCUUUAACACUGAAGGUGGCAUAAGCGGUGAAUUAUCAGCCGCGGUGGCGGAACGAGGCAUGGGCCAACGCGGAGAAAGAGGACGAGGCAGGGAUUGCGCCAUCACAACCUAA